AAAGCCACUCCCUAGUCUGUAAUCAGCGCCAGUUUUGCAAGGAAUACAAAGCCAUGUUCUCACCGGACUCUGAAGUUCGUCAUUGGCCCGUGGUGCUGGCCAGCUUCCUCACUGUUGGUUUGACAUUUGGAUUGGGCAGUUCGCUUGGUGUCUUCUACAUAGAGUGGUUCCAUGAGUUUCCACAGAGUUCUGCCUUGGUCGGCUGGCUAUCGUCUUCUGUCAAUGCAAUGCUGUUGUUAUUUUCACCCAUCGCCGGAGCACUGAUCAAGUACCUCGGCAAUCGGCCAGUGGUGAUAGCUGGAGCGUUGAUUUCAUUCACGGGUCUUCUCAUCGCAUCGUCCGGUCGGGAAUUCUACGUGUUGUUCAUGACCAUACCAUUCAUGACAGGUAUUGGUUGUAGCAUGUGCUACUCCGGCACCAUGACCAUAAUCAGCGACUGUUUUCGCAAACAUUUCGCUUUAGCUUUUGGGAUUGCCUACUCAGGAGGCAGUUUCGGAAUAAUGACUUUACCCGUCGUAAGUGGCUUCUUGAUCAACCAUUAUGGAUGGAGGGGAGCUCUGCUGAUUAUCAGUGCCAUACAGGCAAACAUCUUAGUGUGUGCCAAAUGCAUGAAGCCGAAUCCAUUUGGUCAAACAUCGACAAAUCUGGUAGACAUUGGAGGGAAGGGGUACGGCAGCCUUGAACAUCAACUGAGCCCCGAGAAAGCUGCUCCCAGGGAUGAAACGGAGGCUGACGGUUACAGCAAGGCUAGCUUCUCCCAGAAUCAAUCUAUAUCAACUUCUAUCGGAGAUGAUAGGAGCAAAGACGAUAAACUGGCCAACAAUAAAAACUUGCUAGAGAAACUCGUGCAGUUCCUGGAUCAUGCAGGUCUGUCCCUCGUCUGGACCAAUCGGGUUUUUGCGAGUAUUAUUCCGCUACCUAUACUCACGUCGAUAGGAAACUCCGUCACUCUGCUUUUCCUCUUUGCUCGUGCAGAGUCGGUCGGCAUUCCUGGUCUGCAGGCCGAGUUACUGCUCUCCGUAGUCGGGGUGGCCAAUAUCGUCGGCAAUUUGGCAAAUGGCCCCCUCGUGGAUGCUAAUGUUGCCGAACUUGCUUUUAUCUACGGUGUCGUUGAGGCUGUGGUCAGCGUUUCUGCCAUCGGUAUCGCUAUCCUCGAGAGCUACCCGUUCUUUGUAGUCUACGCUGUGCUGUUUGGCUUCUCAUCCGGCAUCUACAUCCCCUUAGGAGGGAUCAUGACAGCCAACUCUCCAACGUUAGACAAGAGUCCAAAUGAGUUCAAAGUCAACUGA